AAAUAAAAGGGACCAUACUGAGACUCUGUGGACAUCUGCUAUUUUCACUUCCCUGGAAAUGUUCAGGAGGUUCCCUAUCUUGGACCCUAGGAAAUCAACAAGCACCCUACCCUGAUUUUGUAACUGUCACUUCCCUAAGAGGAAUCUAGCAAGUUCCCUGUGGAGCAAUGAGAAGCCUCAACCUGGCUGCAGUGAGCAUUGAGUUCCAGGUGCUGGGUGUCCAGGCGGCUGGAAGACACACUGGUCUCCUCCCUCAUCACUCCUCUAACAGCAUACCCAGUCCACUGAGUGAGUCUCUAGUUCUGGAGAUUAGAGUUAAAAACAAGACGUUGUUUCAUGUUUGUGCUCCUCCAAAUGGCAGCAUACGUGAAAAUCAUAUCUACUCUCAAGUCUUAUGGAAGCGCAUUUUAAACAGAGUACCGUUCCAAGUCUCUUCAAACUAAAUAUCUGAGGAGUUUUCAUUGAAAGACCUUCGCGUGACUGUUGAUUCAUUGCCUGGGCUGGAUGGUUUCGGUUUCACAGCUCUUUGACCCACUGCAAAGGUUGCUGGGAUCCAAUAUCUUAUCACUUGGGGAAAGGCUCACAGCGUUGCAGGAGGAAAUACCAGAGAAGAGAAGGAGACUUUCCACCCACUCUGUGAUCAAAAGCCGAUAGGAGACAACCCUGAAAAAUGGCCUCAGAGACUUGCAUGCCAGACCCCAUGUGCUUGAUUGAGAAUGUGAAAGGACAACUGAGGCCUAAUCAGAAGGCCCUGGAGACCCUGUCGGCCAUCACACAGCCUGUGGUGGUGGUGGCCAUCGUGGGCCUCUACCGCACUGGCAAAUCCUACCUGAUGAACAAGCUGGCUGGGAAGAACACAGGCUUCUCUCUGGGCUCCACAGUGCAGUCUCACACCAAAGGGAUCUGGAUGUGGUGUGUCCCUCAUCCCCAGAAGGCAGGACACACCCUAGUUCUGCUUGACACUGAGGGCCUGGGAGAUGUUGAGAAAGGUGACAACCAGAAUGACUGCUGGAUCUUUGCCCUGGCUGUACUUCUGAGCAGCACCUUCGUGUACAACAGCAUGGGAGCCAUCAACCAGCAGGCCAUGGACCAGCUGCAAUAUGUGACAGAGCUGACAGAUCGGAUCAGAACAACAUCCUCACCUCAUAGCAAUGGGGUUGAGGACUCAGCUGAGUUUGUGAGCUUCUUCCCUGAUUUUGUAUGGACUCUGAGGGAUGUGACUGUAAGGCUUGAAGCAGAUGGACAAAGCCUAACAGCAGAUGAAUACCUGGAGAAUUCUCUGAAGCUCAAACAAGGUACCAGCAAAGAAGAUAGAAAUUACAACCUGCCCCGACUCUGUAUUCGAAAGUUCUUCCCCAAGAAGAAAUGCUUUGUUUUCUGUCCACCCACUGGGUGGAAGAAGCUUUCUGAGCUUGAGAACCUGCAAGAUGAUGAGUUGGAUUCUGACUUUGUGCAGCAGGCAGCUGAGUUCUGUUCCUUCAUCCUCAGCUCUUCCAAGGCUAAAGCUCUCCCAGGAGGCAUUGGGGUCACUGGAACUCGACUAGAGAAACUGGUGCUCACAUACAUCAAUGCCAUCAGCAGUGGGGAUCUCCCCUGCAUGGAGAAUGCAAUCCUGGCCUUGGCAAAAAUAGAGAACUCAGCUGCAGUGCAAAAGGCCAUUACCCACUAUGACCAGCAGAUGAGCCAGAGGGUGCUACUGCCCACAGAGACCCUCCAGGAGCUUCUGGAUCAUCACAGGACCUGUGAGAGAGAGGCCAUAGAAAUCUUCCUCAGGACUUCCUUUAAAGACGAAGACCAUUCAUUUAAAAAGGAAUUACUGGCUCAGCUAGAAAAGAAGUGGAAGGGCAUCUGUAACGAGAACGUGAAACUAUCAUCGGACAGGUGCUCACAAUUACUUCGGAACAUCUUCAGCCCUCUAGAAGAAGCAGUGACAAAGGAUGCUUAUUCUCAGCCAGGUGGAUAUUUUCUCUUUGUUGAGAAAAGAGAAGAGCUGAAGGAAAAGUACCUUAGGGAACCCAGGAAAGGGAUACAGGCUGAAGAGAUUCUGCAGGCGUACCUGAAGUCCAACAUGGUUAUGGCUGAGACAAUUCUGCAGAGAGACCAGGCUCUCACAGUAAAGCAAAAGGAGAUUGAAGCGGAACAGGCAAAAGCUAAGUCUGCACAGGCUGCUGUCAAGAUAUUGAAGGACAUGGAAGAGAAGCACGUGCAGAUGAUGAAGGAAAAAGAAAGAUGUUAUCAGGAACGAGUGAGGCAGUUGACUGAGAAGAUGGAGCAAGAAAGAACUCAGAUAGUGGAGGAGCAAGGGAGGAUUCUGGCCCUUAAACUGCAGGAACAGGAACAACUGCUCAAGGAAGGGUUGAAAGAAGAGAGUGUAAGGCUUCAAAAUGAGAUUCAGGUUAUGGAAAAGAAAAACAGAGAAAAAGUACAUGAAGAAGCUGAAUAUGCUCAGUCUGCCAUGAAAAUGCUGGGGAUAUGCACAAGAUGGAACAGCACAUAAUGGCACAGAAAGGGAAAAGUCACCAGGAACACAUGAAGCAAUUAACUGAGAAGAAAGAGGCUCUUGGAUGUCAGGUUUUCAUGGCAUCAGAAACGAUGAAGGCCCCCAUGUGCUUGGUGGAAAAUAAGAACAAGCAGCUGUCGGUGAAUCCAGGUGCCAU